AAGUCCAAAGUCUCUAGCUUGAAAUUAGGAAUUUUUGAACUUUGAAGAAUUCGCCAAAAUGUGGAGAAGCUCGGCUUCGUUCAUUCUCGAUAAACAUCAGAACAACAAACCCAUUUCUCUAACUCAUUCAAUCGAUUCACCUCCCCCACCAUCUGCUUCAAUGGCGGAUGAAAACCCUAACCCUAAUCCUAUUUCGGCGUAUUACCAAACCCGAGCGGCGCAUCAUGGAAUCGUGACUAGCGAGUGGCUUGAACAGGCACAAGCCGCGGUUCGACGUUACCCUGAUCAUGAUUACUCUGUUUCUCCAGUUUCGGGAAGACCCUUUAGCGUGAUUGAGGAGUUUAAUAAUUGGAGACAGCAGCCUGAUUUGGCGGAGGCUGUUGCGGCGAUUCGUGCUCUUGCGGCUGUUAUUAGGGCUAGUGAAGCUACUACUAUGAUGGAGCUUGAAAUUGAACUUAAGAAAGCUUCUGAUACUUUAAAAUCAUGGGACACAACAUCUAUAUCCUUAACAGCUGGAUGUGAUCUUUUCAUGCGCUAUGUGACUAGAACUUCUGCUUUGGAAUUUGAGGACUUCAACUCUGCAAAAUCCCGCGUGCUUGAACGUGCUGAGAAAUUUGGGGAAAUAUCUUGCAGGGCCCGAAGGAUAAUUGCAAUUCUUAGUCAAGAUUUCAUUUUUGAUGGGUGUACUAUACUGGUCCAUGGAUUCUCCAGAGUUGUAUUUGAAAUACUAAAGACAUCAGCGCAAAACAAGAAAGUCUUUAGAGUUUUAUGCUCAGAGGGAAGGCCAGACAAAACAGGUGUACUGUUAGCUAAGGAGCUUGCGAAGCUUGAUAUUCCGGUGAAGCUUCUGAUAGAUUCAGCUGUGGCCUAUAGCAUGGAUGAAGUAGACAUGGUGUUUGUUGGAGCUGACGGAGUAGUUGAAAGUGGCGGGAUAAUUAACAUGAUGGGAACUUACCAAAUCGCGCUUGUCGCUCACAGUAUGAAUAAACCAGUUUAUGUAGCUGCAGAGAGUUACAAGUUUGCACGGCUCUACCCGUUGGAUCAGAAGGACUUAGAACCGGCCUUGAGACCUAUUGAUUUCAGUGUACCUGUUCCUCCUAAGGUUGAGGUAGAAAGAUCUGCAAGGGACUACACGCCUCCCCAGUACUUGACUUUGCUUUUCACUGAUCUUGGUGUUCUCACUCCAUCUGUAGUAAGUGAUGAGCUGAUUCAGCUUUACUUAUAAGUAAAGCUGUCUUCUUCGUCGUCCUAAAGCUGGUCUGAAAACUCUCAACUUUUGGUAGAAAAAUAAUAACACUAACAUUGGCCUUACACAACAUAGUUCGUCUCUUAUUACUGCUUAUGCACAAGUUUUUAGGUAGGAGAGCUAUCUAUGUUACUUGUAAUCCUUUACUCAAAACAUUAUAACAACGAGCUUUAAAAACAUUACUGACUAUUAUAGAACUUUCGUUGCAAAGACA